AUGGUUCUCCCAAAAUUCUUCAAGUCACCAAAACCCGUCGACAAGAAGAAACACAAGGCAUCGCCGUCCGCAUCCUCGAUCGCGGAACAGACAGCAGACGCCCCUUCGUCCUCGCCCUCACUGCCUCGACGCAAGACCGACACCGUCGAGCGUCGGAAGAGCACCUCGCUCGACAAGCCGCCCGCCUACAGACGAGAGACGACCGAGUUCUCAGAUCCCUUUGGCCCUCCGCCGGCCUCUCCCACCGCUGCUGCCAACACUUCUGCCUCAGCGCAGAGCAGUCCGACCAAGGCUCCCCAUCGCCGUCCCAGCUCCAGGCCGCAGCCGUCAGCCUCUUCGCCCUCGUCUCCCUCCUCCCGGAGCAGCAGGGCAGCCCCUCGAUCGUCUUCUGGCACGCCAGCAGCGGCUGCAGCGGCAUCGAGAUCACGGCGAGAGCAGAGUCCGGCCAUCCCUGGCGCCCCUGCUUCCAACACCGCUUCCACCGCCAAAUCGUCGGGUCUCAGGGCGAAGCCGUCGAAGAAAGGCAGCGGAGGCCGCUUUGCACUCGACCCCAACUCGCACCCGCUCAACCUCCCGCCAGACGAGCUCCGUCGACUCUCGGCAAACAUGGCGGCCGCGGCAGCAGCAGCAGCAGAGAGGGAUGAAACCUUGCGCAGCUCCAUGGACCUUGACAGAGAUGGCCCUUCUUCACCUACUCCCACCCCCUUCUCGGCCACCGGUACCACUCCGUUGAAGCCUGAACCCAACGGGACCAGUAGCCAUCCCCAGGACACCGAGAGGAGCCCGACUCCUCCCCCUCAUACCUCUCCGCCUCCCCCGCCAGUCGACCCGGAGAUGCAUAAGCUGGCUGGGAACAAAUUCUUCAAGGCUGGCGAAUAUUACAGGGCUAUCCAGGAAUAUACCAAAGAGGCCUUGGACGAUGCCAAACGUGCGGACGAGCUGGAACCAGGCAAUCCCAAGAUUAUGCACAGACUGGCUAGAAUAUACACAGCCCUCGGCCGUCCGGCAGAGGCACUCCAGGUAUACUCCAACAUCCGACCCCCAGCGUCAGCAAAGGAUACCGCGGCCGCCGAGGCCAUGUUAAGGAACGUUACCCAAGCUGAAGAAACCCUACGAGGUGAGAAGGGAGGUUCCAUGGUUUUAUUCUGUUUGGAUCAGGCCGUGCGGGGACUUGGCAACGGAGUACAGCAGCCUCGCAACUGGCUGCUGAUGCGGGUAGAGGCAUUCCUGAUGAUGGGCAACGUCAACGCUUUGGGCGAGGCGCAGAACAUCGCCAUGUCCCUGCUCCGCGACAACAACCAGGAUCCCGAUGCCAUCUUCCUGCGUGGACGGCUGUUCUAUCUCCAGGGCGAUAACGACCAGGCCGUUAAGCACUUUAAACGAGCACUCAGCCUGGAUCCUGACUCCUCAAAGAUAAUCAAGUGUCUUCGAAUGGUACAGAAACUCUUACGGAUCAAGGACGAAGGGAACGCUGCGUUCAAGUCACGCAAGUACAGAGAAGCUAUCGACCUAUACACCAGGGGCCUCGAGGUCGAUCCCAGCAACAAGGAUAUCAACUCGAAGCUCCUCCAGAACCGUGCCCAGGCGCACAUUAAUAUAAACCAAUUCGAAAAGGCCAUCGACGACUGCACCAAGGCCCUUGAAUGUGACCCAACCUACCUCAAGGCUAGGAGAGUGCGAGCAAAGGCAUACGGAGGAGCUGGAAACUGGGACGAAGCCGUCAAAGAGUUGAAAGAUAUUGCGGAAAACCACCCCGGCGAAAAGGGAAUCCAAGAGGAAAUUCGAAACGCAGAGUGGGAGCUCAAGAAGAGCCAACGAAAGGAUUACUAUAAGAUCCUAGGCGUAGAGAAGACCGCUACCGAAACUGAAAUUAAGAAGGCCUAUCGCAAGCUGGCCAUUCAACACCAUCCGGACAAGAACGUUAAUGGAGACAGCAGCGAUGACACCCUAUUCAAAGAAAUUGGAGAGGCCUACGAGACUUUGAGCGAUCCUCAAAAACGUCAAUCUUAUGAUAAUGGAGAAGAUCUGAUAGAUCCUUCUAAUCCUUUUGCUCAUGGGGGCUUCGGUAUGGGAGGCAUGGGAGGUAUGGGUGGUAUGGGGGGACAGAACAUCCACAUUGAUCCCAGCGUCUUGUUCAACAUGAUGAACAACGGUGGUGGCGGUUUCCAGAGCGCAGGAGGCAACCCCUUCCACACCCACGGGUGGUAA